AUGGGCGGCAAUGUUCCCCAUACCAAUGCUGUCAGUGGAAAGGCUGACAGCUUCCAGGCUGGCUCCACCAGCAGAGUUUAUUCCGGCAGCAGAAAAGCCUCCUCCCAUGGCACCACUAGCAGCAGAAAUGCUGCCGGUGGCAGUGCUGUCAGUGGAAAAGCCAACAGCUCCAUGACUGGCUCCUUUAGCUGGGGCAAUUCCGGCAGUGGAAAUGCUGCCAUUGGCAACGUUGGCUGCGGUAAUGCUAGCAACGGCACUGCUGUCAGCAGCCGUGCUGACGGAGGUGUGGCAGACUCCAGCAGAGGCCACAGCAAAUCCCCGGGGGUCAGCUGCAAACGACCUCCAGACGAUGACGAACAGGCCUUUCCAGGGGAUGGUGAACAGGCCUCCCCGGCCGAUGGCGCUGGCAGCAGUAAGGCUGCCCUCAGGGUGGGACACUCCAGCAGUGGCAGUGGUGCUGGACCGGAACCGAGACCAGAGCAGAGACCAGUGCCGAGACCAGUGCUGAGACCCGAGCCGAGACCCCAGCUGAGACCCGAGUCGAGACCAGUGCUGAGACCCGAGCCGAGACCCCAGCCGAGACCCCAGCCAAGACCAGUGCCGAGACCCCAGCCGAGACCCGAACCAAGACCAGUGCUGAGAUCCGAGCCGAGACCCCAGCUGAGACCCGAGCCGAGACCAGUGCUGACACCCGAGCCGAGACCCGAGCUGAGAACCAAGCCGAGACCCCAGCCGAGACCCGAGCCGAGACCAGUGCUGAGACCCGAGCCGAGACCCGAGCCGAGAACCGAGCCGAGACCCGAGCCGAGAACCGAGCCGAGACCCGAGCAGAGACCCGAGCCGAUAUCAGUGCUGAGACCCGAGCCGAGACCCGAGCCGAGACCCGAGCCGAGAACCGAGCCGAGACGCCAGCCGAGACCCCAGCCGAGACCAGUGCUGAGAACCGAGCCAAGACCCGAGCCGAGAACCGAGCCGAGACCCGAGCAGAGACCCGAGCCGAGACCAGAACCGAGACCCGAGCCGAGAACCGAGCCGAGAACCGAGCCGAGACGCCAGCCGAGACCCCAGCCGAGACCAGUGCUGAGACCCGAGCCGAGACCCGAGCCGAGACGCCAGCCGAGACCCCAGCCGAGACGCCAGCCGAGACCCCAGCCGAGACCAGUGCUGAGACCCGAGCCGAGACCCGAGCCGAGAACCGAGCCGAGACCCGAGCAGAGAACCGAGCCGAGACCCCAGCCGAGACCCGAGCCGAGACCCGAGCCGAGACCAGAACCGAGACCCCAGCCGAGACCCGAGCCGAGACCCGAGCCGAGACCAGAACCGAGACCAGUGCCGAGACCAGAAUCAACACCCGAGCCGAGACCCGAGCAGAGACCUGAGCCGAGACCAGAACCGAGACCAGAACCGAGACCAGUGCUGAGACCCGAGCCGAGACGAGAGUCGAGACCAGAAUCAACACCCGAGCCGAGACCAGAAUCAACACCCGAGCCGAGACCCGAGCAGAGAACCGAGCCGAGACCCCAGCCGAGACCCGAGCCGAGACCCGAGCCGAGACCAGAACCGAGACCCCAGCCGAGACCCGAGCCGAGACCCGAGCCGAGACCAGAACCGAGACCAGUGCCGAGACCAGAAUCAACACCCGAGCCGAGACCCGAGCAGAGACCUGAGCCGAGACCAGAACCGAGACCAGAACCGAGACCAGUGCUGAGACCCGAGCCGAGACGAGAGUCGAGACCAGAAUCAACACCCGAGCCGAGACCAGAAUCAACACCCGAGCCGAGACCCGAGCAGAGACCCGAGCCGAUACCAGAAUCAACACCCGAGCCGAGACCCGAACCGAGACCAGAAUCAACACCCGAGCCGAGACCCGAGCCGAGACCAGUGCUGAGACCCGAGCCGAGACCCCAGCCGAGACCAGAAUCAACACCCGAGCCGAGACCCGAGCCGAGACUACAGCAGAGACCAGAACCACGCCCAGAGCCACUUCUCACAUACCCAUGGCAUGAUGUCGAAUUCAGUGAUGAGUAA